AAGUAGCAGUUAGCAUGGCUGAAGAAUUUCCAGAAUGUAAACUUGCUUUUGAAAGUUCCAAGUAACUGUGGCAGCUGCCCACAGUCACUGUGGGGUGAAUGGAUGGCUCUGAAAGAAAUAGAAAUCCUUCAGUGUGUCAGUGGCAGCAAGCAUGGGGUCCUGGCUGCUCGGGAUCUGCGUCCGGGCGGCCAGCUGUUUUCCCUCCCAGUUCCUAAUACACCCCCUCUUGCCUUUUGCUGAGGCCUACAAAACAGCCGUGGGAGGAAAGUGAUUAGAGGAACUUCAGCUGCUUCGCUCCCUCUGAAUAGCCCUCUUUCAUCAGGAUGUGCGGGGACAAGGGCCUUUUUCAACCCAAAUAUCAGGCGAAGACGAGAGUUCCACAAGAGCCAUUUGCUCUCCGUGUGGAAGCAUCGUCCAAGGCCGAGGGCUCCUCGCCGAAGGACUUCAGCCUCCUCCCCACCUCCCGGCUUCCCCCAGGGGAGUGGAGGGCAGGAGCCGGGGUCGCUGACCAUGUGAUCACUGCAGCCACGAACCUUGUUUAUUUUGCCGACUUCUGCAUCUCCCUUCAGCCACCCCUUACUUGUUCUUCAGAGGUUUCCAGCCCGAAUUACUUAAGUGAGAGCUUUUUCAUGGUGAAAGGAGCAGCCCUCUUCUUACAACAGGGAAGCAGCCCCCAAGGCCAGCGAAGUCUUCAGCAUCCCCACAAGCAUGCAGGUGAUUUGCCCCAACAUCUUCAAGUAAUGAUCAAUCUUCUGCGUUGUGAGGAUAGAAUCAAACUGGCCGUGCGCCUGGAGAGCGCCUGGGCGGAACGGGUCCGGUACAUGGUGGUGGUGGACAGCAGCGGGCGGCAGGACACAGAGGAGAGUAUCUUGCUGGGAGUCGACUUUUCCAGUAAGGAAAGUAAAAGCUGUACCAUUGGGAUGGUUCUCCGAUUGUGGAGUGACACGAAAAUCCACCUUGAUGGCGACGGUGGCUUCAGCGUCAGCACAGCAGGGAGGAUGCACGUCUUCAAGCCUGUGUCUGUCCAGGCCAUGUGGUCUGCCCUGCAGGUCCUUCACAAGGCCUGUGAACUGGCACGAAGGCACAACUACUUCCCGGGGGGCGUGGCCCUCAUCUGGGCCACCUACUACGAGAGCUGCAUCAGCUCUGAGCAGAGCUGCAUCAACGAGUGGAACGCCAUGCAGGACCUGGAGUCGACGCGGCCCGACUCCCCGGCCCUGUAUGUCGACACGCCAACGGAAGGGGAAAGGACUGAGCGCCUCAUCAAAGCCAAACUCCGGAGCAUCAUGAUGAGCCAGGACCUAGAAAAUGUGACCUCCAAAGAAAUCCGUAAUGAAUUGGAGAAACAGAUGAACUGCAACUUGAAAGAAUUCAAGGAAUUCAUAGACAACGAGAUGCUACUUAUCUUGGGACAGAUGGACAAGCCCUCCCUCAUCUUUGAUCAUCUUUAUCUCGGCUCUGAAUGGAAUGCAUCCAAUCUGGAGGAGCUGCAGGGCUCAGGUGUUGACUACAUUUUAAAUGUCACUAGAGAAAUAGAUAAUUUUUUUCCUGGCUUAUUUGCAUAUCAUAACAUCCGAGUCUAUGAUGAAGAGACCACAGACCUUCUUGCCCACUGGAACGAGGCGUACCAUUUCAUAAACAAAGCAAAGAGGAACCAUUCCAAGUGCCUGGUACAUUGCAAAAUGGGCGUCAGUCGAUCUGCCUCCACGGUCAUCGCCUACGCGAUGAAGGAAUUCGGCUGGCCCCUGGAGAAAGCGUACAACUACGUGAAGCAAAAGCGCAGCAUUACCCGUCCCAACGCAGGCUUUAUGAGGCAGCUGUCUGAGUAUGAAGGCAUCUUGGACGCGAGCAAACAAAGGCACAACAAGCUGUGGCGCCAGCAGACUGAGAGCUGCCUCCAGCAGCCUGUGGAUGACCUCACGGGAUCUGGGGACUUCUUGCCAGAGACCCUGGAUGACACCCCAGAAUCCCGGCUGCCCUGCUUGGACAAUACUACCCAGCCUGGGCUCCCAGGCAGCAGGGCCCCUGGAGGAGGAGGACCCUCUCUCUCCUGCUGCUUCCGGCGGCUCUCAGACCCUCUCCUGCAUUCCCCCAGCGACGAAACAGGCAGCCUGGUCCAGCUGGAGGCUCUGGAGAAGGAUGCUCUGUUGGAGGAAGCGGCUCAGCCAGCAGAGACGCACAAGCCAGCCAGACCUCCCCAGGAAGGCCCCGGACUCUCUGAGAAGGAAGUGAGGAAGAAACCAGAGUUUGGGAGCCUGAAAACCCAGAGUGGCCCCUUGCCACAGGUGGAGGAGAUGGAAAGGGAAGAGGCCCCAGGAAUAGGGAGGUGGGGGAGGUCCCCAACCCAACUUGAUAAGAACCUGCUCAACCGGGAAAACCUAAAUAAUAACAACAGCAAGAGGAGCUGUCCGGAUGACUUUGAGCAUGAUGCUGUAUUUGGGAUUCUCAACAAAGUGAAGCCUCCCUACAAAUCCUGCGCCGACUGCAUGUAUCCUGCAGCCAGUGGGCCUUCCGAGGCCUUUGGGGAGCAACAUGAGAGCCCUGGGGCUCCCGCCAUCUGCACCCAGCCAACCUUCCUGCCCCACCUCGCCUCUUCCCCUGUCGCCCCCACGUCCAUCAGGUCCCGAGUGCUGGAGAAGCUGGCCUCUGGCCCAACUGAAACGCCCCCAUUCCUACCACCAGCAGGCCCACGGAGGCUGGACACUGGUGGCUCUGGGGCUAGGGCUGCCCCAGAACUACCAGCUGGCCUUUUGGAACCUUCCAGAGAGACCCAAAAAGUCCUGCCAAAGUCCUUCCUUUUGAAGAAUUCUCACUGUGAUAAGACCACUCCCAGCAUGGAAGUAGUGAAGGAGGAAUCGCCACCCAGGAAAGACAUGAAGCCGGCCAAGGACCUGCGACUUCUGUUCAGCAAAGAAGCCGAGAAGCCGACCACACACAGCUACCUGAUGCAGCACCAGGAGUCCAUCAUCCAGCUGCAGAAGGCAGGCUUGGUCCGCAAGCACACCAAAGAACUCGAGAGGCUAAAGGGCACACCCGCAGACCCGGCGUCUCCCCUCAGGGAUGGCACCCCCAGCAGGCUGGAGGCCAGCAUACCAGAGGAGAGCCAGGACCUGGCUCCUGUCCCCCCGCCAGGGGCGAGUGACGAGAAGUCAGAGGCCACGCCCGUUCCGUCAGAAGGAGCCUCGCUGAAGAGCCCCACGCCGCUCCUCUGCCGCCUGGACCACACCAGUCAUUUCUCGAAAGACUUCUUGAAGACCAUCUGCUACACUCCCACCUCAUCAUCCAUGAGCUCCAACCUGACCAGGAGCUCCAGCAGCGACAGCAUCCACAGCGUCCGCGGGAAGCCGGGGCUGGUGAAGCAGCGCACGCAGGAGAUCGAGACUCGGCUCCGGCUGGCGGGCCUCACCGUCUCAUCCCCACUCAAGCGCUCACACUCUCUUGCCAAGCUCGGAAGUCUUGACUUCUCAACAGAAGACCUGACCAGUGAGGCUGACAUGUCCACCGUCGCCGACUCCCAGGAUGCCAAGUUGAGCGAGGCUUCCUUCUUGCAUGAGCCCCAGGGAACCCCCAGGAACCCAGCUUCCACCUCUAAACCAUCAGGGAAAUCUGCCCCAGAAAACUUGAAAAGCCCCAAGUGGCUGAGCAAAAGCUGACCCACCUUUAGUUGAUCACAUGACCCUCCCCUUAGUUUCACUGGAUUUUGGUCAGCCCCUCAUGUCUUCAUUUCCCUUAAACAAUGGCGUUUAAGACACACGUGGCCCAGGAAGAAAGGGGAGUGUCGGCUGUGUGGCUAGAACCAGAGGCUGUCGGCCAGCAGACUCUGAGCCCAGGUCACAUGUUUUCCAGAAGAAUCGUGUCUUAAGGGCAUAUAGAGAUAUGCACACACGUCAAAAGUACUCCGUCUGCGACAUGCCAGAAAGCAGUUGUGAUGAUGGUCUCGUCACUGCGGCACACGUUCCUAGCUCAUUCAGGCCCUUGUGGGAAAAGUCUUGGAUGGCAAUAUAAGUCCUACCUCUGCUCUUGCUGUGCUUCUUAUUUUUAAAAUACAGUGAUGACAAAGGCUCGUUCCAGGGAAUACUGCUGUGUCAGCAAAAGGGUUUCCAAAAAGGAAUUUUUUUUUUUUUUUUUUUUGCUUGGGACCCCAAAAAAGUGUUAGAAUUUUUAGCUGGACUCCACCAAGUACUGCUAGGUAAGGUGUCAGAUGUUGUUGAACCAACUCCAUGGUGCAUGACCAUCUGUGCAGUUGACUGCUCGGUCCUGGUGUAUCACACUGGGGUCAGGUGGGAAAAUGUAUAUGAUGUCCCCAGUUGUCACUUAUGGUGGAUUUUGAAUUGCGCCCUACCUGGGGAGAAGGCCCAUGAAGCGUUGCUGAGUCUGCUCUGCUGUCGAGCCCAGUGGUUGUGAAGAGGUGUUGAAAGUACCUGGUGGGGUGGCGGUCCUGAGGUGCAGACCGUCAUGCCAGGAGCCCUGGCACUCAGGUUCACUCGGUCACAUCUGCUCGUGUUUGGGGAGGAAGAGGAGAAUCCAGCAGUGAGAAACGAUCGCUUCCUCUCUAAGAGCAACUCAGCAGCAACCCCUCUGAAAGAAACGAGACUGUCGGAAAGCUCUGCAGAUGUUUACAGUCACCUGUCCUGCGCGGGGGGUCCCGCUGCCUGCUCCCCUCUGGCUGUUCCCAGUGGCAGGGACGGGGCGCGGGAGGGCCUGCGGUCCCAGCCUGGGCUCUGGGCAACCCCAUUAGACUCGGGAGCUCAACACAUCAAGCCGCUCCAGCUCUGGGCUGGAGUGGAGGGUCGCCUGGUGUCAGUCAACAAGAUGGGACAUUAAAAUAUUUUGAGAAGAGAAAAGGGGCUUGAUUAGAAAGGUUUAAUUCAGGGGUCAGCAAACUGUAGCAUAUGGUCCCAUGAGCUAAGAAUGGUUUUUACAUUUUUCAGGGGUUCUAAAAAAUGAACUAAUAAGCAACAAAGACCGCAUCGCCUGCAAAGCCUAAGAUACUUAUUAGCAGGCCCUCUAUAGAAAAAAGUUCGCUGACCCCCUGGUUUUAUUGGACAGCAUAGGGCUUCCCAGGGCCCUCUUGGAAGAAACUGGGCAAAUGUGAAGCCUCCCCUGCCUCUUGACACCUCAGGCCAAAUCCGUCUCCCACCCCACCCCAGCCCUUGCCAGCCCACCCCCAGCGUGUCUCCUUCAGGGUGGGCAGCUGUGUUCGAGGCAGAACAUCCCUGGCUGAAGCUUACCCGCAGUUGCAGCUUGUCCUCAGGUGGGUCAGCCAGACUAAUUCCAUGAAACCAGAAAGCCUUCAAGGACCAGCCAGAUUUAGAAAGUGGCUGAAUGAGUUGCCAUCUGACAUUGGUCAGAAUGGGACCCCGGCCUCCAACAUUUCUAGAGAGCACCAGGCAGGGUCUUCAGGAGCAAGGCUAGUCCGCAUUUCAAUUAGUGCGAGAGGUUUUUGCAAAAACCUCUCCAGGAAUUUUUUCUUCCUGGCCUUAUCCUUUUAAUUUUUAAAAAUAUGUUAUUUUACUUCAUAGGAAUUUGUUUUCCCACCGCUAUUAAUUGAAAUCACCUUAAGAGGUGAUUAUUCACUUUUCCCAAAAACCCUGUUAGGUUUUUCUCUCUCUCAGCCAACAAAAGCAUAUUCUCAAAAAAAAAUCAAGUUCAGUAUGUCUUGCCAAAUUCAAUUUCAUGUGGUGGAUCAAUUUUUGUGUCAAAAUAAUCCUUUAGGUUUGGUGAUGACAGUCUGUUUUUAAAUCAUGUGUAUGAUAUAUU